AUGAUGCCCAAUAAGAGUGUAGACUGGCUGCAAAUCCAACUACACUCUGGUGCGAGUUCGUUGUUGCUACUGGAUUGUCGAUCACACGAACUGUACGAAUCGUCUCAUAUCGAGACAGCGAUAAAUUUGGUUAUUCCAGGGUUAAUGCUUCGCAGAUUUAAGAAGGGGAACCUGCCCAUUCGAUCCAUCAUUCCGAAAAGUGAAGAUAAGGAAAAGUUUGUCAGGCGCUACAAGACGGACACUGUGAUUCUUUACGAUGAAGCUACCUGGGACUGGCAGGAGAGUGGAACCAGUGGCUCAAUUCUCCAACUAGUACUGCAAAAACUCUGGGACGAAGGAUGUGAAGCAUUUUACUUGGAAGGUGGAUUCAUCAGGUUUCAGAGUGAGUAUCCAGAGCACUGCGAGACUUUGAUUGAUAGCUCCUGCUCCAGCUACUCUCCCCCACUGUCAGCUCUGGGUCUGAGUAGCCUUCAGAUUAGUUCUGACUGUUCUGAUGUAGAGUCGGACCGGGAACCCAGCAGUGCUGCCGACUAUGAGGAGAGUCCCAUAUGCAACAUCCAGCCUGCCCGCCCAGUCCAAAUUCUCCCUCACCUCUACCUGGGCUGUGCCAAAGAUUCCCGAAACCUAGACGUGCUCGGACAGUACAACAUUAAGUACAUCCUAAAUGUAACGCCAAACCUGCCCAACAUGUUUGAACAUGACGGCCAUAUCCGCUAUAAACAGAUCCCCAUCUCCGAUCACUGGAGUCAGAACCUGUCACAAUUCUUCCCUGAAGCUAUAGCCUUUAUUGAUGAAGCUCGAUCCAAAAAGUGUGGGGUCCUGGUCCAUUGUCUGGCAGGGAUCAGUCGGUCAGUAACGGUGACUGUCGCUUAUCUUAUGCAGAGACUCAACCUGUCCCUCAAUGAUGCAUAUGACUUUGUCAAACGGAAAAAGUCAAACAUUUCACCAAACUUCAAUUUCAUGGGCCAGCUAUUAGACUUUGAGAGGACACUCCAGCUAAAUAGUCCAUUUGACAACCAGUCUGGUGAUGGACAGCUCUACUUCACUACCCCGACAAAUCACAAUGUUUUCCAGUUGGAUACGCUGGAAUCUACCUGA